ACAGACACGGAGACUAAUAGAUGUCAAACACUGUGUGAGAGGCCAUCCAUCAACUCUGACACCACGCUUCUUUGUUCUAAUCAGGAUCCUAAAACUGAUUCAUUCGCCUGACAUCCUGGACAAAACCAUCUUUUACUAAAUGUGAUGUAUGAGCACAGCCCGGGAUCACACAAAGAGCCUGAGGACGAAACUAAAACUCUUCUGUCUGAGCCUCUCCUCAGUCAGGACCGGGUUAAUCUGAGCAGGUGGUCUAAAUCUGCAAACGAUCAUGUGACCUGAAGUCAGAUUGAACAUGUGAGAUCUUUGCAGGUCAAAACAAGACGCAGACAAACCACUCAGGAGUACUGCUUUUUUUUUUUGUCUUAUUUCUCAAUUUGGUUAUUGUUUUCCUUUGUUUGCAUGAAAUUUGAAAAGAUGUGUUUUUAUUCCAGAGGAAAGUCACUGAAAUGAAGAUGAUUAUUAGUGAAGAAGAGGACAUCAAUGGAGUGUCCGUCGAGACAGAGAGCUGCAGUGAUGAAGAGGGCGACUUUGAGGACUUUCUGUGGGAAAUUCAAGACAGCUGUCACCACCCUCAGCUGGAUGCAGAUGUGGAGGCAGUCAGGACUCUGUAUUCAGACUCAGCUGUCUCUGUCAGGGACUACCCAUCAAUUGAUGGUGUGGACGUCAACUUGAAUAUUAAAACAGACUUUCUGGAUGUGGACGUAGCUAAAGCCUGGAGGAUUAACCAAUCAGAGCCCAUCGUUAUCCGCCUGCACUUCUCCAUGUCUCUGUAUCUGGAUGGACCCGCUCCCUCUGUUGAAGUCUUCCAGCCGUCUAAUGUGGAUCAGUUCAGCGUAGGGAGGCAGCUGCAGCGUCUUAUUACAGUCUUUGUAGCUCAAGAGUGGAAACAUCUGAUGAACAACGACGCCGACGUCCGGCCAAAAAGCCAACACAGCUGGUUCAGACCCAGCGGGACCAUCAAGAAGUUCAGUGCACGACUCAGCAUAUGGCUGCCGCUUGCAAAGCAAAAUGAGAUCCAGGAUCCAGCUGUAAGAGGAAGAAAAAAUUUACCAGCAAUAAAACAAAAGUGUUUCCCAACUCUGACAACUUCCUACCCCAUCAAGAACCCGGCUGGAGAGCUUUUUACAUACACAGCUGAUGAAAAGAAAGUGGUGGUUUCAGCUGUGAAGUCGUCGGUUCAGCUGAGCACCAAACAGCUGGUGGAGCUGCUGUUCACCUCUCAGACAGUCAGACUCUAUAAAAGCUCACCGACUCUGCAGCACGGCUUCCUGGUGCAGAUAAUGAGGUACGUGGAAAAGAGGAUCCCAACGCUGAGUGAAUUCUGUGUCAUCUGUGAUGAGCGACACGUCUUUCAAAACAGCCCCAUGCUGAAGACAGCAGUUUGCACCAGGGAGCUGUGUGUCUUUUCGUUCCACACACUGGGUGUGAUGUCUGGAGCUACCGAGGAGGUUGCAACCGGAGCGGAGGUGAUCGACCUGUUGGUCGCCAUGUGCAGGGCUGCCCUUCAGUCGUCACGUAAAAGCAUCAUAUUUGAACCGUACCCCUCUGUCGUCGAUCCGUGCAACCCCAGAACUCUGGCUUUUAGUCCGAAGAAAAAGAGCUAUGAACGGCUGCAGAGAGCUCUGGAUGGUGUCUUGUUAGUCAGGAGGAUGGCACAGGGUCCAUAUUCUGAGAUAAAGAAGCAGAUGGAUAAGAUAGACCCUCUUGCUCACCCCUUACUGCAGUGGAUUUUAGCGAGCAACAGAUCCCAUAUAGUGAAGCUUCCACUGAACAAGCAGCUGAAGUUCAUGCGCACGCCUCAUCAGUUCCUGCUCCUCUGCAGCCCUCCGUCCAAAGAGCUUCGUUUUCAAACGGCCAGGAAGCUUCACGGCAGCACCUUUGCUUUCCAUGGUUCCCACAUUGAAAACUGGCACUCCAUUUUGAGGAAGGGUCUGCUCAACGCCUCCUACACAAAAUUACAGCUUCAUGGAGCUGCAUAUGGAAAAGGCAUCUAUUUGAGCCCCAUUUCAAACAUAUCUUUUGGAUAUUCUGAGAUGGGUAAAGGUCAGCAUCAAAUACCAAGCAAAGAAGAACUCAUAAAGAAAUACAAUCGAAUAAAUAAACUUAAACAGGAAGAGAUGGGCCAAACCAGAUUCCUGCAAAGCCAUAACCUAAACUGUGUUGCUCUCUGUGAAGGUUACAAGAAAUGGAAGAUUCAUCCUCUGCAUCAUUUGCUUCUUCAUCUCUCCGUCCUGGCCCGAGCACCUUCAGGAGACUCAGCCGCUCAGAGGACCAAGUCUGUCCAAUCCCAGGACUCCCAGCAAACAUCCUGCACAUGCGAGUUAAAGAAGGAAGCAAGAUCCGCAACUUGCUGCAGUUUGCAACAGCUCGCAUGCGAGAAGGAGAAGGAAGAGACGGACACGGGACAUCGAGGCAAGUGGUCUUCACAGGCUCGGGCAGGGGAAUCACCAAGACUGUCACCUGUGUGGAGAUCCUGAAGCGGAAAGUGGCGGGGCUCCAUCAGCUGUCCAAACUUUACUACAAGGGGGUUAAUGAGAUGCGGGAGAGUCCACAGCAGGGAGCACCG